UUACGUCAUAGUCCACCUUUACAUUGCUUCUGCUGCUUCUUCUUCUCCCUUCUCUCUCUAUUCUCUAUGAACUAACUAUGUUUGAUAUUAACGAGUGAACUAUAUUUAUUCUUAUCUGCAACCAAAUUUAAAACACUUUAAUUCCAAAAAAUUCAAACUCAAUUUUCGCUUCUCUUUAUUUUUUACUAUUUUUAUUUUCAUCAUAGCCGCCUCUUAUUUCCUUCACAUCCUAACUAACCCUUUCAUUUUCACCAGAUUUUCUCUUUUGCUUGAUUUCUCAUCUCUUCAAAUUCUAACCUAGCUCUUUUCUUGUGAUUCUCUCUCUGAUUUUCUGUUCCAGGUUUUGGAAUUUCAACUUUCCUUUUUCAUCACUUCAUAAUUUUAGUUUCCUCAUCAAUUCAUGGUUGUUUCCUAAUUUGGUAAAUUGGUGACCUAUAUAUCUUUUGAUUAGUUGCUGCUUUUCAGAUAAGUUCUAUUUUCUUAGUGGAAUCAUAAGUCAUUAUGUAUUAGGCAUAAAUCUGCAAUUGGACUGUACGGUACUGUUUAGUUCAGAAUGGAUUAUACUGUUUUGUACUUGGUGAUAUUGUUGCAAUUGUUGCAAUUUUCAACAAUUUUUGGGUCUGAAGUUGUUUUACAGACUAAGGAUUGUGGUUAUAAUCGGGUGGUAGCGAAUUCGUAUUCGAGUCAUGGUGAGGAAUUGUUUUACAUAAAUGGGAAUGUUGUGAACAAAGAUGGUUUCUGUAAAGCUCUGAAAUUGUAUAGUGCGAACGGUUGUGAUGUGAAUGAAUACUUUGAGAGCAAUCACUGUGUUCUGGAUUUGGAUUUGGAUGUUUCUUUUGUGAAUUUGCCUUCAAAGGGAGGAAGGAAACUUUUGCAGAAAGAUUUGAACGAUAAUUCCACAACACAAGGAGAUUCUAAGCCUGUGUCAAGUUACCAAGUUGGGAUUUUUGCCGGUGGAGCUUUAUUGGCAUGUUGUGCUAUUGUUUGUCCUUGUUUCUAUGCUAAGAGAAGGAAGGCAACUGCUCAUACUGUUCUGGAAAAGGACUCAAAUUCAAGACAUGCUAUGAAUUCGGAAGAAAAGAAGGUGGAUUUAGCUUCUUCCUUUGAACCAUCUGUUUCUGAUAAGAUCCCAUCUAGUCCACUUCGGGUGCCACAAAGUCCAUCAAGAUUCUCAAUGUCUCCGAAACUCAGUAGACUUCAAUCAUUACAUCUCAACCUCAGUCAGGUUUCUAAAGCUACCCGUAAUUUUUCAGAAACAUUACAAAUAGGAGAAGGAGGUUUUGGAACUGUCUACAGGGCAAAUUUAGAUGAUGGCCUGGUCGUGGCUGUAAAACGCGCAAAAAGGGAACAUUUUGAGAGUUUGAGAACAGAAUUCAGCAGUGAAGUUGAACUUCUGGCCAAAAUUGAUCAUCGAAACCUGGUGAAACUACUUGGUUAUAUUGACAAAGGAAACGAACGUAUCCUUAUUACAGAGUUUGUGCCAAAUGGUACUCUUCGAGAACAUUUAGAUGGUUUGUUUGGAAAAAUCCUGGAUUUCAAUCAGCGUCUUGAAAUCGCAAUCGAUGUUGCUCAUGGAUUGACCUAUUUGCAUCUGUAUGCCGAAAAACAAAUUAUCCAUCGAGAUGUGAAAUCAUCCAACAUUCUUCUGACUGAAAGGAUGCGAGCUAAAGUCGCUGAUUUUGGAUUUGCAAAGCUUGGUCCUGUAAGCAAUGACCAUACACACAUUUCUACCAAAGUGAAGGGAACAGUUGGUUAUCUGGAUCCUGAGUAUAUGAAAACCUACCAUCUCACUCCCAAAAGUGAUGUUUACUCAUUUGGAAUUUUGCUUUUAGAAAUUCUGACUGGCCGCCGUCCUGUGGAAAUGAAAAAGACUCCUGAAGAGCGAGUUACAUUAAGAUGGGCCUUCAGGAAAUAUAAUGAAGGAAAUAUGGUGGAACUGCUUGAUCCUUUAAUGCAAGAAGCUGUAAAAACAGACAUUGUUAUGAAGAUGUUAGAUUUGGCAUUUAGCUGUGCAGCACCAGUAAGAUCAGAUAGACCUGACAUGAAAGCAGUUUGCGAACAAUUAUGGGCAAUAAGAGCAGAUUACCUCAAGAGCAGUAGUGAAACUGCAAGGAGAGAAUGAUCAGUAAAAUAUCACCAUAUGAUGAUAAUCUGAAGUUGAUGCUUUAUUUUA